CUGGAAAUAUCCAUUUGUCUCGACAAUUCGUUUGCCUCAGAUCACCCGAACGACUCUCCCUAUUCGGAGACUGAAGACUCUUCCUCUUCUCCGAAGUCCUGUUGUAACCUAAAAACGGAAGGUACUUCCAAUCACCUGGAGACCACUCCUUGGCUGGGGAAAGAAUCUAAUCCAGAUGGCCUAACAGCUGAGACUGCUUCGGACUCUCUGAAGGUCUCUUCUCAUUUCGAAAAUAAGGCUGUCUGCGAUUACUCAAAAUCCAAUUCUCGUCUCGAAUCUUUACCAGCCGAGCUUCGGUUUCUUCUUCUAUCGUGGAUGCCGGAUCUACCGACGCUUCAUAGUGUUAUAAAUGCAUCCCCUGUGCUGCAUGCACAGUAUAGAAAGACCCGCGAUACUCUGUUUUUCACUUGUUUGAGCAAGGAGCUUGAUUGGUAUUAUAUUGACGCCUUCGCCACCCUUAGGUCUCGGGUAGCAAUUUUCAGACCGAAGCGAACAGACGAUAUGUGCGAACGGUUCCUGCCCGAAGAUUAUGAUACCGUACUCUCAGGGAAACAUAAUAUUGCAAGGGGCGGUCAAAUUCGCUGA